GAAGAAGCGGUGAUUUAUUCAUCUUUUUCGAGGUAAUACAGAAUCAGUUUAUUAACUCGAUGAAAACAGAGGGAAAGUAAAUAGAAAGAAAGACAAAAGGUGGUGAUUUUGAGACGAUGGGUGGAGCUGAUGUUUAGCAGAAGACUGUGGUUGGCUCUCAUACCCUCUCGUCACAGUUUUAGCUGUCCAAUAAAAUGUUGUAUCAUGAGGACGCGCAAUCGGAUUGGACGCGAACUCUGUGGGAAAUCAGCAUAGAUCAGUGAAUAAAUACCUCUCCACGUCCACAGAGCACCACAACUUUGAUUUUUUUCUCAGACCGCAGUCAUGCCUGAGCCCGCGAAAUCAGCUCCUAAGAAAGGAUCCAAGAAAGCCGUCGUGAAGAGCGCCUGUAAGGUAGGGAAGAAGCGCAGGAAAUCCAGGAAGGAGAGUUACGCCAUCUACGUGUACAAAGUGCUGAAGCAGGUUCAUCCCGACACCGGCAUUUCUUCGAAGGCGAUGGGCAUCAUGAACUCUUUCGUCAACGACAUCUUUGAGCGCAUCGGCGGCGAGGCGUCGCGUCUCGCGCACUACAACAAGCGCUCCACCAUCACAUCCAGAGAGAUUCAGACCGCCGUGCGUCUCCUGCUGCCCGGUGAACUCGCCAAACACGCCGUGUCUGAGGGGACCAAAGCCGUCACCAAAUACACCAGCAGCAAAUAAAUCCUCAUCUGAUCUUCUGUUGAUCUACACAAAGGCCCUUUUAAGGGCCGCCCACUCUCUCCAUUUAAGAGCUUCCGGUAUCUGCUAAAGCCAAAUGUCCUAGGCGGACAAGAAUAAAAUGUCAUAAUUAUACAAAUGUUGGCGUGUUUUAAAGCAGCUGUUUCUUUAAAUGUUGACGUUCAGAGAUAUCUUCAGCUCUGCGUUUGUGUCUGAACACAAAGAGUUUGAUGAGCGUAAAAAUCUAUUAAAGAGUUCGGCUUGCCUUGGUUUUUGUGAGCAUUGAUGGUGCUUUGCAUUUAUUAUAAAAUGUACAUUACAAUUUAAAAUACUCAAAAGUUUGCAAAUAAUGCAAACUACAAAAGCAACUAGAAAAGCACUACAUAUAAAGGAAAACAACUUAAAAUAUUUAAAAUUACUAUCAGUCAU